UAUAGCAUGCCUGCUCUUCUAUGACAGUCUCAUACAGGAAGACAAAUGCAAACUGUCAAGCAAUUCCAUGAAAACCUAACAAAAUGCUUUCAGACCAUCCAACGCUAGAUGCUCACCCCAGCUUCUACCCAAGUCUGGCUCGUACAUCGUAGUGGAAGCUGCAGAUUGACUAGUUUUGGUUACUGGAAGCAAUGCAAGAAGGGGCCCUGCCUCCCCACACUGAGAUUCAUCCACUGCUCUGGAACACACACGAGCUUCCUAUACACGCCCCCAAGGGAAGCCGCAAGGAAAACUGGUUGUUCCCAUUCCUUGAGAAAUUCCUUCCUUUGGUAGAGUUGAGGACUAGAGGAAGGUAUUCAAAACAGGAGCCCCCUGAAUACAUUAAAAUGAGGACUUCAAGUAAUGUUACUCAACACAUUACAAGCUCAUUCCAUGAAAAACCAUUGUGCAGUAGAGCAUUGGGGACUGAGAAGGUUUUUGUUUGUUCAUUGUAAAGACGAGGGAGCUUUGCUCACGAGUGUGUUCACUCCAGGGAGCUAAUUCAAGAGAAGCUAAGAAAGGGGAGGAAUAGGCACAAGUGUUGAGGAAUUGGAGACGUCAGCUCUCCCUCUCUUCAUGGUAUACACUCUGGUCAUGGCCACUGGUCUGUUUUUAACCUUAAAGGUCAUGAACCCUGUGUUACAGCUUGAGGCAAAACACUUCUCUAAUGAACACUUGGACCUGCAAAGCCAGUACCACCCUGACCAAAAGGUUAAGGCAGGGAGGCAGGCGCCAAGCCUUUUGUUUUAUGUAAGUGUUAGAAGUCAUGAAUAGGAGAGGGAGUGAGGGCAUGGAGGGGUUGGAGGGGGCAAAAGCGGAAAUGGUAUAUAUCAACGCAAGAAAAAGUUCAACUGAAGAAAAAGAAAAAAACAAAAAGCCUUCCCACAAACAUCUAGUUCCCUUAUUAGUAAUCUAGGUUAACUGUUAGAAGCCACACAGCAGAAGUUAUCUCCAGCAAAAUUACUGGGAAGAAAAUGUAUUGUCUACUGUGUGGAGUGCAAUUACUGAUCUUUAAGCCACGGAACAGAAAGUGAAGCUGUAAGAUUCAUUUAAUUUUUCCUUGAUAACACCAGUUCUGUUGCUUGACCAGUUCUUUUGUUUGUCUUUUUGGACUGUCUCUCUACAUAAUCCUGGUUGGAAUUCACUACGUAGACCAGGCUGGCCCCAGCCCCAAGCGCCCCCACUCCCCCAUGUGCUGAGAUUAAACGCAUGAACCACGACUCUGAGCUGAGCAUUUAAUAGGGCCACUUAUUUUACGGCUCAAGCUCGGAUACUAGAGGGUAGUGUGGAACACUAGACGACUGCAACCGUCAUCAACAUGUCCUUUUGCAAGACAAAACUCAGAUCGGUUCAGAGAAACUACCUAUGAGGUAGAGGGAUGGCCUAGAGAUAGUCAACCGGGUGAGAAGGAAGAAAUUUCCCUCCUUAAGGGCAAAGUCCUGCGCAUCCCCAGUGAUCUACAAAUAGAAAAUAAAAGCUUUACUCUUAUACGAUCCCAGAAUCCUCUAUCAACUGGAAAGGUGGGGGACAAGCUCGGGAAAUAAGCCCAAUAAAAAAAUGACGAACGAAAGACACACCAGACCACAGGAGUUGUCAAAAUUCAACUUUUCAUUAACUCGGGGUAGGGUAUCAGUCCAAGGAGCCCCCCAGUUCUGCCGCUCAGCCAGUGAUGCGCACGUCCGCGCGGCGCCGCAGCCGCCGGGCCCGGGCCGCCUCGGGCAGGAUGGCCUGCAGCUGCUCCUGCACCAGCAUCUCCACGAUCUGCUCCUUGGUGCGGAUGUCGGGCCGCAGCCACUGGCGGGACAGCUCCCGCAGCUGCCGGAAGGCUUCCCGAGGACCCGCCGCGUCCUGGUAGCGGAACUGCCGGAAGCGCUGGCGAAACGUCUCGGGGCCCGGCCGAGAGACGCCAGGCCGCGGGGCGGCUUCGGCCUGCAGCGCCGCGUCCAAAGCUGCGGCCGAGCCGGGGAGCUCCGGGGCCGCGGAGCUCACGGAGUCGGGCUCGGGGUCCGCACGGUCGCCGGCUCCUUCCUGCUGCUCGGGCGGCGGCGGCGCCGCGGGGCUCCGGGCGGCCAGGCUGGGCUCCGGCGCCGCCAUGACUACGGCUCUCGGCGUCGUCACCCUUUGUCCCGCAGCUACGGGCUGGUUGUGCGUCUGCGUGGAGACCGGGGUGGAAAGUGGGAUGGGCUGAAGAGCAGAGCCAGCGCUGCCCCAGCGGGACGCGGGCUCCGGGGAGGGCGAGGGCGAGCCGAGCUUACCUCCACCUGCGCAGCUCCGCGGCGGCCGGAAAUGGGCGACUACGCGAGCCUCAAGAGCAGCCUGAAGCGCCUGAGCCCGGAAGCCGCGCCCACUACCAGUUACGUGAAGUUUGAUCCGGGAAAGACCUUGUGGUACCAAGAUGUCAGCUCUUCCGAGAGCUCGUACAGCGGCUCGGAGGAGCACCUCGAGCACCACAAGAGGAAGGACGAGAAGGAGGAGGACACGACGGACCUGGAGUCGGAAUCGGAGUCGCAAUCCGAGUCGGAAGUGUAUUCCAAAUGGGAGUGGGAAGAGGAAGGAGAGGAGGAGGACGAUAGGAUCAAGGCGACGACCCUGAGCCGCCACGGCUUGCAGACUGGGAAGUCAGUACCCCAAAAGGCAGAAAGCUGGAAGGCUAUCAAACACCCAAUUAAGGUGUCAAGACAGCAAAUGAUGUGGACCUGGGAAGAAAUAAAAAAUCUCGGGCUGUACCAGCUCACCAUGGACAUAAUCGUAAUGAUUCGAGUAUGUAAGAUGUUCCGCCAAGGCCUCAGGGGAUUCCGGGAGUAUCAGAUCACUGAGCCUAUUCAAAGGAAGCAACCUAUCUUCUCCUUUUGGGAUAAAAGGAAGCAAUGCCGGAUCACAUUUGAUACCAUGGACUUUGCUGCAGAGGAGGGUCACCUCCCUCCCAGGGCCAUUCAUAUCACACAGAAGCAGCCGUCCUGGAGGACAGAUCAGGAGAUCCAAGCCCUCUGCAAUAUUCUCCAGGUUCUAGAUUGCUACCGCAACUAUGCAGAGGCCCUGCAGCUGCUCCUGGCCAAGGUCAUGCGCUUUGAAAGGUUUGGCCGCCGGCGUGUGAUCGUCAAGAAGGGCCAGAGAGGCAAUAGUUUCUAUUUCAUCUACCUGGGCACGGUUGCCGUGACCGAGGAUGAAGACGGAAGCAGUGCCUUCCUCGACCCUCACCCAACACUGCUGCGCAAGGGUGGCUGCUUCGGGGAAAUGGGCCUUCUGAGCACCGCAGUCAGGAGAGCCACAGUGGUCUGCAUGGAGGAAACAGAGUUCCUGGUUGUCGACCGGGAGGAUUUCGUUGCAAAUAAGCUGGACGAUGAAGUUCAGAAGGAAACUCGCUAUCGGUACAAUUUUUUUAGGAAGUUGGAUCUGUUCCAGUCUUGGUCUGAUGAGAAACUCGAGCAGAUAGUAGCUUUGGGGAGGCUGGAGAAGUUCUCACAUGGACAGCUGGUGGCAAAAGACUUUGUGGAGUCGUCAUUUGUCACAUUUAUCUGCAAGGGCAGCUGUGAGAUCCUGCGGAUGUUAGACCUGGGGUCCUCCAGUUCCUAUUACAAGUGGGUCUGGCAGCAGCUGGAACUGCUGGACCACAAACCUCUGGGAGUUCAUCGCAACGUGAUGUCUCCUCUGGAGAGAUUUAAGGAAUUCCAGAUCAAAUCAUAUCCUCUACAAGACUUCAGCUACUUGAAACUUCUGCGUCUCCAGGAAGCCAGAGAGCAAAAGGGAAAAGGUGUUCACGGGAAGAUCAACACAAGAGAAAAUAGUCUCCCAAAGCUGCUGGGCCCGAAGGUCAAAUCCAAGUUUGGUCAUCCAGUCAAAUGUGCCAUGGUCAAAACCAAGUUUGGUGAACUCCCCAAGGAGGCCGCAGUGGGGAUCUACAUGAAGGUCCACACUCUGAAGGAAGGAGAUAUUGUGGGCAUUCACCAGGCCUUUCUUCCGGAAUGCCUGCGUGAUCUUCGACCCUUCAUCCUUCUGAGCAUGGGAACAGAGUUGAUACGGGUGAGAAAAGAAAAGUUUUAUGAGUUGAUUGAUGCGGAGACGAAAGAGAAGAUGAUAAAGAUGGACGUGGAUUAUCCCAGCGAUGAAGAGCUGUGUCAGAGGUUCCUGAAAGAAAACAGCUGGAAUAUCUUCCGGAAGGAUCUGCUGCGGCUGCUGGUGAAGCCCCUCAAUAAGCAACCCUUCACCCCGCUCCAUACCAAGAGGAAAGAGAUCUACAACCCUAAGUCUCUGACCCUGGAUUUGUGUAACCUCAACAAGAGGGUGAGACCACGCUAUCCCAUUUUUGUGGCACCCCAGAAAUACCUAUCCCCCUUGAAGAUUGUCCAAGCUGUUUCAGCACCCCGGCACAAAAUUCAAGAACUCCUGCCUCAAUAUAAAAAUGCAGGGGUCCUUCUUUAGAAUCAAUAAAGUACGUUGGGAUUGGCUUCUCU